UGUCUACUUAGCACGGCUACAUUCACAAUUGGAAUCGGCCACUACAGGACAAUGGAUAGUUUCUCUCAUUUAUUUCUAAUAUGUUUUGAACUGUUUUUCUUCACAUAUUCAGCCAGCCAGUUCCUGUUGGCAGCCAUCAGCAUUGACAGAUGUGUGGCUGUUCUUUUCCCACUUUGGCAUCGGUGCCACCGGCCACCGGCUUUGUCUGCCCUUGUUUGUGCCCUAAUAUGGAUCAUCUCCUUCCUGCUCUCAGCCGUUCACUUUACUCUCCUCCAGACAGGGAGCCUAGGUGGUUCCUCACUAAUCUAUCAGCUCAUCGUGAACGUUUUUCUUUGCACUCCACUCAUGUUGAUCUCCACGCUCACCCUCUGCGGCCGCUUCUGCAGUAGAACAAAACAACGCCAGCAAGGAAAACUCAUGACUGUUAUUUUGCUUGCGCUCUUCGCCUUCCUUAUCUUGAGCUUGCCUCUGAACAUGACAUAUAUAGUUCAUUCUUUUAGCGCUCCUCAAGCCAAAUUACUGGUGCUGGGCUUGGCAUGUUCCUCUCUGAAUAGUAGCGUAAACCCACUGAUUUAUUUCUUUAUUGGUGGGAGACAAAAGAAAUGUCUGCUCAGAGUCUGCCUAAAGGUUGCCUUACAGACAGUUUUUAAGGAUGAGGAAGACAGCCUGGAAGAAAAACAUACAAAAAUGGAAAGCCUUUUGUGAGAGUCCUUUUUUGGCAAACAAGUUAAAUAGUUAACAUCUGGAUUCAUAGAAAAAAAUAUCAAUUUUGCUAAGAAAAUGACGGCUUAGUCUGUGGUCACAUGAGACAAAUAUUGCCUUACUUUUCUCAUUGAGUUUCUUUGAUAAACUUGUGGUCGCAUGAUGCACGGCCAUUACUGAAUCAUUUACCCAGCAAGAAUACUAACUGUGGAUCAUUUCUUGCUUAGGCAGAGGCUUCUACUUUUGUUGUUGUUGUUGAACAUCUUUUCAAAAAGCAUCAUAUUGCUGUGUGUCUUUAUGUGAACAGUCUUAUCACAACGUUUUUGAAC